CUUUGACUGGCUACACUGUUAGCAUGACAGCCAGGUGAUUAGUUCACCUGGCUGCAGAGGGGAAGCUUUUCCUCCACAAGGACAGAAGAUUUUUCCAGCUUCAACAUGAAAACUGCUGCUUUCAUCAUCGGAAUCGCCUUUAUCUGGUGCAAGUUCACAGAAAAAACAACUGAAGCAAAAUUAGAAGAUUUUGCUGAAGCUGUUCAGUCGGAGUGUCGGGAUCGUUACCUGUGGAUCCACGUGGCCUCGGAAGAGAUGCCUCACUUUGAGGCUCUAGAUGGAAAUGGUGUCCACUCCAUCAGCAAGCAGAUUGCCUCACGCUGUGGUUACACCAUCAGUAACUUCAAGAUGGACGGCUUCACUACCUUCAGAGCCUCAUACUAUUCCUGCUUCACCCACAAUCAGAAUGACGAGGUGUUCACUUUCAGAUUUAACGUGAUAGUCAGUGAUGGUGGUGGUGGGUGGAUCAGCCAGCCGGUUUCUGAAGUCUGUUCUGGUCUGAUCUGGACUCACAGGGAGAUCAUCUGUGAGGAGGACUACAUGGAGGUGAACGUGAACAGAGAGACUUCAUGUGGCAGCCAGCAGGGGGAGAGUGGACUGAUGUGGCAGGCUGCCCUCUCUCAGGCUCAGAGGAUGGCCAGUUUGGUCUGGCAGCUGAUGAUCCUACAGCGUGAUGGACAGGUUUCCUCCUUGUCCGUCAGUGAAGCACAGAGGCAGGGCUUCAGCUUGACCACCACCGCCCAGCGGGUGGUGCUUCGAUCUCAGUACAAACAACUGUACACAGAGUUGACAAUGGUGGAUGGAGUCCCAAUGGAGGUCCUCCAGGCUUCUCUGUUCUUUAAGCAGAAGCUGAUGGUGGUGAUGAUUGACAUGUCCAUUGCCUGUCCAGUCAAUUCAGGUUCUUUUGAUGGCACUGUGUUGCUCUGGGAUGUCCCCUGGGCUGUGACCCCUCUAGUCGGAGAGGGAGCUACAUUUAAAAGUCGAAACCUCAGUCUGGGGGUGGGGGGGGUCCUGCUGGAUGAAUCCACUCUUGCUGUCAGAGGAUUCAGUCUAGUCCAACAAGGAUCUCUGAACCAGAUCGGGAUUCCUUUCGGAGCAGAGGGCGGCUACAGGAAGAGUUUGGUGUUGAACAACAUGUACAAGGAGAUGUACGUGAUAUGUCUACUGUACGAACAAGUCUUCUCUCUGCUGUAUGAAGAUGGCAGCAGCCUCGAUACAAGACAUCGAAUGUUUAAGGUGCUCGACACACCGCUGCUCUGCCGCCCACCAUUCAGCCUCGACAAAACCAUGAGUGAUGAACAGGUGUUCCGUGUAUACCUGGGAAACAUUCCUGUUGACGUCCUAUUAGAGGAAGUCUGGAUCAACGGGAAGCAGCUGAUGUCAGAGAGUGCUGAAUGGGACUCGAGCGUCAGUCCUGUUGUUCACAUCAAUGGCAGCCGAGGCUAUGAGCUCCAGCUGCCUUUUGAGGACACUAUUGUCCAUUGGAUGCACCUGGGUCAAGGCGUGGUGCAGUAUUCCAUAGAUAUUAACUUCACUUUAAGCAUCAUGCCUCAGAGAGACUCCUACUACCACCACACAUUCAUCACAGCACAAGUAUUCAAUGCAUUCCCUCCAGAGAUCACGGCCCAAUGUUCAGACGGGGGAAUCAUUUUCAGCGUGGUCAGAACGCCUCGAGGCGAGAGUCUCUGGGAGGUCGGCAUUGACCAUGAGCCCCUAACAUCACAGCUCGCGACUCAACGAGGGUACCGCUUCCACACCAACAAACUCAGAACCACUCUGGAAGUCCCUGUGUUCUCAGUUGGAUACAACUAUGAAGGCAUAAACCUGUCAAACUUUUAUGGAACAUUUAAACUUCUUCUGAGAAACUCCAAAACUUUGGAAGUCCAGACGUCCACCUCCAAACGCUGCCUUUUCAAAACACAGGACAUGAUCGUCUGUUCUGCAGAUGGGAGCAUGACAGUGGUGUCAACUCUGACCUCCACUUGGCCUAUGGUACAGCCUGAAAGAACCACUCUGCUGGAUCAAACCUGUAGACCCAAUCAGACAGAUGGAUCUAGAGUCCUCUUUGAGUUCAAGCUGGACUUCUGUGGGACCAGAGCCAUGGUUGGGGAAUCAUACGUGGUUUAUGAGAACGAGAUCGUCCAUCACAGACAGAUGAUCGCAGACGGACCAAACUUCAUCUCCAGAGAAUCUCAGUUCAAGUUGACGGUGAGGUGCUUCUAUCCACUUAAUGGAGUCAACAGACUGUCUGUAGACAGGAUCUUCAGAUCAGAGAGUCCUGGAUUUGGUUCAAUCAAAGUCUUCGAGAGCAUUGAAGCAGAUUCAGCAAAUAAACUCCCUGCCCAGGAGUGUUCGCAUCAGGUUUCUGGAAAUGCUGUAAACACCCCAACUAACCAGGUCCACCAAGCCCUGGCAGCAGGGGGAGUCCUGCCUCACUCUGGUGUCAGGCCUCAGCCCAAACCUGGACCCAGUCAUUUCAUCACAGUGCCAGCAGGACACAACAAUCUGUUGUACUCUUCCCAUAACCUACAGCCUUCCCGAAACUUUAAUCUCUCUCCUCCUCUUCCUGAAGGUCCAACCAUUGGUGUCAACCAAGUCCCUUUGCAGGCACAUUCUGGUCACUUUGUGACCCAGAAACAGGACCAAUAUAUAUUUGGCUCUUCAACUGGUGGCCAUCUCCCCAACAAUCCUCCCAGAUAUGACAAAUUACCAGACAACAGCGACCAAUUGUCAAACCUUGACACGACAAGCUUCAACUCUGUAGAUGCGAGAGGACAACAUGAAGACAACCUAGCGUUGGGUUCGAGAUCUUACAGCAGGAUUUCUGAUCAUCCAGUUGUUGGACAGUUGCAGAUACCGACACUUCAGACUCCAGACAGUUUAGGUGAUAGUGUUUGGCAUUCUGGCCUGACAUGGGACCAGCCCACUGUUGGCCAAAAUGAUAUAAUUGCACCAAAUUGGGACCUACAGAGUCUUAAAGCUGACCUUUCUCCUGGCAUGCAAGAACAAACCCAACAACACGGAGCUAAUCUGGAUUUGAGUCUUCAUGGGUCCUCCAGUGGCAUCAUAGAAAUUGAGAUACCUGGGCACCAGCUUAAAAGUCAAUAUGAUCCUACUCAAUCCUCCUCUCAACCUCACCCAGUCCUUCAUCUACCAGCUCAGUAUAGCCCAGAUCUUUCUGGCAGCAGUGAACUACUACUACCUGAAAAGGCACAUGUCCCUGUUAAUAACAAACACAUCGGCCUCAAAAAUAUCAUCUCUGAUUUGUCUGUAGACAUGCAGGGGUUUAUCAGCACUGAACAAACAUCUACUGCAUCCAGUCGAGUUGGACAAAACCUGCAGAGACCAGAAUCUGUUGAAAGGAGGAACACGGAGACUGUUCAGUCCAGAAUGCAGACCAUCCGAAUAAAACCACCAAGCCAAUUUGUUUCUUCUGGACAUCAGCUCAACCAGGAACGUUUUGUCCAACAAGCAAACUCUCAAAUAUCUAAUCUCUCCCAAUAUGCCACUGGUCCAAUGGCUGUCGGCAAUGAUGGCACUCACUGGCUAUUCCAACAACCACCUGAACACAGAGGUUCAAACGCAAGACAGGAAUAUGUGUCUGACAGAACUGGUUUCUCAACACUGAAGCAGAAACAAGGUGCUAAGAGUGAACACCAGCAGAAACUGGUCCAAUCAGUGACUGAAACAGGAAACCAAGGAGGACAGGAAACAGAAUCUAGCCAGAGAAAUGUCCUUCAACCAAAAGGAAGGUCUCUCGUUCGAGUCAGACCUGUUCCUGGUCUCCAAGGAAGACUCAAAACCUGUGACAAACUCAAACUGCAGAAUCUCCAGAAGCCCACAACUCAGUCUGAAACCAGAGGAGGAACCAGCAAGAUGCCCUUCCCACCACAGAGCAUCCUCAGAGACCGUCAGCUGAACAAUCCCAACUGUGAUGAGGACCACAAGACCACUGCAGAGGGACCUGGGUUUCCUGGAUCCCACACAGGUCCUAAUGGUGCUGAUGAUCCAAAUUCAGACCUGAACAUCCACACCUCAUCAGACUGCAGCAGUCAUUAUGGUGCCAGUGUUCACCAAGGCAUCAUGAGGUCUAUCAGCUGAUGAAGAAAUAACCAACCAGCAGAUGAAGAAACAAACAACAAACACUCUGAUUCAAUAAAGUCUGUUUUCAUUCAGCUGUCAGACGCUUUGUUCAGACACAAACCACUGAUACAGA